CCCCCGCCCCUCCGUGACGUCGUUUCCGCCCAACAUGGCGCAGGCUGGUUGCUAAUGGAGAACUGAAGGAUAUUUUUCUCCUCUCCGCACCUUUCUGCCUUUAUUUAUGUUUCUCUCUCCAGGCUCAGCGCUCGCAGGCCGCUUCCAAAAGGGCAUUUAGUUGUGUGUGACUGACGGCUUUUUCCUCCUCCGCUCCAUCCUCUCCUCGGACCUUUUCCACCGCGUCAUGUAUGAAGGCAAAAAGACGAAAAACAUGUUUUUAACCCGAGCUCUGGAAAAGAUUUUGGCCGAUAAGGAGGUGAAGAAGGCGCAUCACUCCCAGCUGCGCAAAGCCUGCGAGGUAGCGUUGGAGGAAAUAAAAGCAGAAUCGGAGAAACUAAGCCCCCCUGCUGGAGACAGCAAGUCGAGUUCCAGUACCCUGCCUCCCAUCAAAUCCAAGAGCACCUUCAUCGAAGCGGAUAAAUAUUUCCUGCCGUUCGAGUUAGCCUGUCAGUCCAAAUGUCCCCGCAUCGUCAGCACAUCACUAGACUGUUUACAGAAACUCAUAGCUUACGGUCAUCUGACGGGCAGCGCCCCGGACAACACUGCCCCGGGGAAGAAGCUCAUCGACAGGAUCAUCGAGACGAUCUGCGGCUGCUUCCAGGGCCCGCAGACCGACGAGGGAGUUCAGCUUCAGAUCAUAAAGGCCUUGCUGACAGCGGUGACCUCCCAGAAUAUCGAGAUCCAUGAGGGCACGGUGCUGCAGGCUGUCAGGACGUGCUACAACAUCUACCUGGCCAGCAAGAACCUCAUCAAUCAGACGACAGCGAAAGCCACCCUCACCCAGAUGCUUAACGUCAUCUUCGCCCGCAUGGAGAACCAGGCCCUUACAAAUCACAAGAUCAGUUGGUCUAUGGCGUCCAGAAAGCGUGACCGUCAGCUCCAGGAGGCGAAGCAGAUGGAGAGGGAGAGGCACAGGCAGCAUUCUCCGCUCAGCCAGCAGGAGCCUGAGUCUCCACAGCUCCAGCAGCUCCCAGACACCCCGGCCAAGAGUCAGAGCCUGUCGGGCGAGGAGGUGAACGGAGGGUCAGGGGUGGAGGGCGGUACGGCAGAGCACGAAUCGCCCCACUACGAGAGCCCGGAGCCAGAGAACGGCUCUGAUUUCGGCCCUGUAGAGAACGAACAGACCGAGGCGGACCAGGCCACCGCCGCAGAACAGAGCGCGGCCGAGCGUGGUUCACGAGCUCCUGAAGAAGAGGACAGCCUGAAUUAUGAGGAGAAGGCUCAGGAAAUUGUGCAGAGUAUACUGCAGGAGGUGGUCAGCACUGUGACUGGAGAUGCUAAGGAGAGUGUAGGCGGGGAAGUGGAGCCAGAGGCCACGCCUACAUCGCUGGAGGAGGAGGGUGGCCUGAGCAGCGACAGUGAGAACGUCCACGCUAACGGCAUCCCUGGCACACCCAUCUCUGCCAGCUUCACUCCGUCCCUGCCUGACGACAGACUGUCUGUCUCGUCCAGCGACACUCAGGAAUCUGGGGCUCCAGCGGGGCCCGCACCGGGUGCGAAGUUCUCGCACAUUUUGCAAAAAGACGCCUUCCUGGUGUUCCGCUCCCUCUGCAAGUUGUCCAUGAAGCCCCUUUCAGACGGCCCGCCCGACCCAAAAUCCCACGAGUUGCGCUCCAAAGUGCUCUCGCUGCAAUUGCUGCUCUCCAUCCUGCAGAAUGCAGGCCCUAUCUUCAAGACCAACGAGAUGUUCAUCAACGCCAUCAAGCAGUACUUGUGCGUGGCGCUGUCCAAAAACGGCGUCUCCUCCGUCCCCGAGGUCUUCGAGCUCUCCCUGUCCAUCUUCCUGACACUCCUGUCCAACUUCAAAACCCACCUCAAGAUGCAGAUCGAGGUCUUUUUCAAAGAGAUUUUCCUCUACAUCCUCGAGACGUCCACGAGCUCCUACGACCACAAAUGGAUGGUCAUUCAGACGCUCACCAGAAUAUGUGCAGAUGCCCAGAGUGUGGUGGAUAUCUAUGUGAAUUAUGACUGUGACCUGAACGCUGCUAACAUAUUUGAGAGGUUGGUGAACGACCUGUCCAAGAUCGCACAGGGCCGAGGAGGCCACGAGCUGGGCACGACCCCGCUGCAGGAUCUGACUUUGAGAAAGAAGGGUCUGGAGUGUCUCGUGUCAAUCCUCAAGUGCAUGGUGGAGUGGAGUAAGGAUCAGUACGUGAACCCUAACUCUCAGACCACUCUCGGCCAGGAGAAGCCUUCUGAGCAGGAGGCCAACGAGUCCAAGCACCCAGAGACCAUUAACCGCUAUGGCAGCAUUAAUUCUCUGGACUCCACAGCUUCCUCAGGCAUCGGCAGCUACAGCACGCAGAUGUCCGGUACUGAUAAUCCAGAGCAGUUCGAAGUGCUCAAACAGCAGAAGGAAAUCAUCGAGCAAGGCAUUGACCUGUUCAACAAGAAACCAAAGAGGGGCAUCCAAUAUCUGCAGGAGCAAGGCAUGCUGGGAACAACGCCAGAGGACAUCGCUCAGUUCUUACAUCAGGAGGAGAGGCUGGAUUCUGUCCAAGCCGGAGAGUUUCUGGGAGACAACGAUCGCUUCAACAAGGAAGUGAUGUAUGCCUAUGUGGACCAAAUGGACUUCCAAGGGAAGGACUUUGUGUCAGCCCUGCGUCUGUUCCUGGAGGGCUUCCGGCUCCCUGGGGAAGCACAGAAAAUCGAUCGGCUCAUGGAGAAAUUUGCGGCUAGAUAUUUAGAGUGCAACCAGCGACAAACCCUGUUUGCGAGUGCAGACACAGCGUAUGUCCUUGCUUAUUCAAUCAUCAUGUUGACUACAGACCUUCAUAGUCCACAGGUGAAGAAUAAAAUGACAAAAGAGCAGUACAUCAUGAUGAACAGAGGGAUCAAUGACAGUAAAGACUUGCCGGAGGACUACUUGUCAUCCAUCUACAACGAAAUCGCAGGGAAGAAGAUAUCUAUGAAGGAGACGAAGGAAUUGCCGCUCAAAUCGAACAAACAAAGCGUGGCCAGUGAGAAACAGAGACGGCUGCUGUACAACGUGGAGAUGGAGCAGAUGGCGAAGACGGCUAAGGCUCUGAUGGAGGCAGUGAGCCACGUUCAGGCCCCGUUCACCAGCGCCACCCACCUGGAGCACGUCAGGCCUAUGUUUAAGCUGGCCUGGACCCCAUUCCUGGCGGCCUUCAGCGUGGGUCUGCAGGACUGCGAUGACACCGAGGUAGCAUCUCUGUGCCUGGAGGGUAUUCGCUGCGCCAUCAGAAUAGCUUGCAUCUUCACCAUACAAUUGGAGAGAGAUGCGUAUGUGCAGGCUCUGGCUCGCUUCACCUUGCUCACUGCCAGCUCUGGGAUCGCGGAGAUGAAGCAGAAGAACAUCGAUACUAUCAAGACCCUUAUCACAGUAGCUCACACUGAUGGGAAUUACCUGGGAAACUCGUGGCACGAGAUUCUGAAGUGCAUUAGUCAGUUGGAGCUGGCCCAGCUCAUCGGUACAGGGGUGAAGGCUCGCUACAUAUCCGGGACUGUUCGGGGCAAAGAUGGCUUCAUCAUUAGCACCAAAGAGCAGAGUCCAGACGAGUACCUGGGCCUCGUUGGUGGGAAUGUAGACCGGAAGCAGAUUGCUAGCAUUCAAGAAUCCAUCGGAGAGACCAGCUCUCAGAGCGUUGUGGUUGCUGUGGACAGAAUAUUCACAGGAUCCAUUAGAUUGGAUGGUAAUGCUAUAGUUGAUUUUGUGCGCUGGCUGUGUGCUGUGUCCAUGGACGAGCUGGCCUCUCCGACCCACCCGCGCAUGUUCAGCCUGCAGAAGAUUGUUGAGAUCUCCUACUACAACAUGGGCCGCAUCAGGCUCCAGUGGUCCAGGAUCUGGGAAGUGAUUGGAGAUCAUUUCAACAAGGUGGGCUGUAAUCCCAACGAGGACGUCGCUAUCUUCGCCGUGGAUUCGCUCAGGCAGUUGUCCAUGAAGUUUUUGGAGAAGGGAGAACUGGCCAACUUCAGAUUUCAGAAGGAUUUCUUGAGGCCGUUUGAGCACAUCAUGAAAAAGAACAGAUCGCCCACUAUCAGAGACAUGGUGGUACGCUGCAUAGCUCAGAUGGUGAACUCGCAGGCGGGGAACAUCCGCUCAGGCUGGAAGAACAUUUUCUCAGUAUUCCACCUAGCAGCCUCGGAUCAGGACGAGAGCAUCGUGGAGCUCGCCUUCCAGACCACCGGACACAUCGUCACGAAUGUAUUUGAGAAGCACUUUCCUGCCACCAUCGACUCCUUCCAGGACGCCGUGAAGUGUCUGUCCGAGUUCGCCUGCAACGCGUCGUUCCCCGACACCAGCAUGGAGGCCAUCCGACUGAUCCGCCACUGCGCCAAAUACGUCUCCGACAGGCCUCAGGCCUUUAAAGACUACACUAGCGACGAUAUGAACGUAGCCCCAGAGGAUCGGGUGUGGGUGCGAGGCUGGUUCCCCAUCCUGUUCGAGCUCUCCUGCAUCAUCAACAGGUGCAAGCUGGACGUCCGAACCAGGGGUCUGACGGUGAUGUUUGAGGUGAUGAAGACGUACGGUCACACGUACGAGAAACACUGGUGGCAAGACUUGUUCCGGAUCGUCUUCAGAAUCUUCGACAAUAUGAAGCUGCCGGAGCAGCAGACCGAGAAAGCAGAGUGGAUGACCACAACCUGCAACCACGCACUUUAUGCCAUCUGUGACGUCUUCACGCAGUACUUCGAGUCUCUCAGCAAUGUUCUGCUGGACAACAUCCUCUCUCAGCUCUACUGGUGUGUGCAGCAAGAUAACGAGCAGCUGGCGAGAUCCGGAACCAACUGCUUGGAGAACGUCGUGAUCCUGAACGGAGAGAAGUUCACGCCCGAGACCUGGGACAAGACGUGCAACUGCAUGCUGGACAUCUUCAAGACCACCAUCCCACACGCGUUGUUGACGUGGAAGCCGGCCGGGCCGGACGGUGAUCGCGUGACUCAGCCGGACUCGGACAAACAACCGGACUCCACGUCCCAGAAGUCUGUGGACAUCCAGACCCGGGCAGAGGACCAGCACUCUGUGAGCAGUGUGGAGAAGGACAAGGCGCUGGCAGAGAAUCGGAGACCGAGUCAGUUCAGUUUGGCUUCAGGAGUCCAGGAGCAGAGGCUGUUCGCAGCACUCCUCAUUAAGUGCGUGGUGCAGCUGGAGCUCAUCCAGACCAUCGACAACAUCGUCUUCUUCCCGGCCACCAGCAAGAAGGAGGACGCCGAGAACUUGGCGGCAGCACAGAGAGACGCUCUGGACGCCGACGUGCAGGUGGAGACGCAGGAUCAGGGAAUGUACCGCUACCUGACCUCGGAGCAGCUGUUUAAACUGCUGGACUGCCUGCUGGAGUCGCAUCGCUUCGCUAAAGACUUCAACUCCAACAACGAGCAGAGGACGGCGCUGUGGAAGGCUGGUUUUAAAGGGAAGUCCAAACCCAACCUGCUGAAACAGGAGACGAGCAGUCUGGCCUGUGGCCUGCGCAUCCUCUUCCGCAUGUACACAGACCCGAGCAGACGGGACGCCUGGGAGGAGGUGCAGAGACGUCUGCUCAACGUGUGCAGUGAUGCCGUGGAUUAUUUCCUCAAGCUGACGUCGGAGAGUCACCGCGAGGCCUGGACUAACCUGCUGCUCCUCUUCCUCACCAAAGUGCUGAAGAUCAGCGAUGAACGGUUCAAGGCCCACGCCUCCCGUUACUACCCGCUGCUGUGUGACAUCAUGCAGUUCGACCUGAUCCCCGAGCUGAGAGCCGUCCUGAGGAAGUUCUUCCUGCGCAUCGGGCUCGUGUUCCACAUCGCUCACACUCUGGAACCGCAGCAAGAGGCCUAGAGCUGUGCCUCGUUCUCCUCUUAUCCGCCCGUCCGACUGGUUUACGAUCGUGAUCUAAUCUCUCCCCAAACGCAGCGCACUCCAGACGCCCUAAAAGGAUGCGACCGGAAGCUUCUAGAAGAGUGUCUUGAUGGUACUUCUAGCAAUGUUCGAGACUAGACCGCGUCUAGACUGGAAAUAAUCACGGGCACGUUUAAGACUCGUAAAUCAUCCACAGGAUCCGGAUCGCGGUAACGACCGACUAUUUCAACUCCUCGACGUUGGAGAUCCUCAGGGAUCCCGAGUAGAUAAAAUUUCAACAUAAAGUUCACGCUGUGUGAAGAACGAUGAAGAGUCACCAUCGAGUUAAACACUUAGUAAUUAGUCCGGAUAACGAGUAACGGCUGUUGCUCAACUAUUCUAAUGUCCUUUUUUUGGUUUUGCACUGCUAAUGGCUAACAUUAGCAUGAAUAGCUCCUUAAUCCGUGAUCUAGUUGUACAGAAAAAGAGGCUUGUAAAAUAAUCCCAUAACACUAGAUUUUAUUUCUAAAUCUUUUUUUGUUUGUUUGUCUGAAUUUGCUGCACUCGUUUUCCUUUUCAAAUGCACUGGAGAUUUUUACUUUUGUGAUAAUUUAUUUAACUAUGCCAUCUCUCCCAGAUUGUCCAAUACGAUUUCUAAUUGAUACCUUAUCUAUCAAUCAAUCAACUAUAUAUAUACACACACACUAUAUAUAUAGUUAAAUUAUUCCAUUUUAUAUGUACUGAUGCUUUUUUUUUUUUAAAGGUAAAACGUAUAAAGAAGGUAACAUCUGGGGAUCCUUCAAUACUGGAACAUAGGGGUAGGAAAAAAAAAAGAGAGACGGGGAGAGAUUGCACCCUGAUGUGAGCUGCAUCUGAGUCACUGGUCUAUAUAAUCCUGACGUAAGCUUCACUGUAUGUGUACAAAUUUAAAAAGCUAAUAUAUUUAAAUCUUCUCUUUGGUUUGGGGAUGGGGUUGUGUUCUAGAGGACAGACUGAAUCAUUGCGCUUAGAGACGGUCGAGCUGAAGCAUUCCUGAUUACGGUGGGUGAAGUGUAUAAUGGUACAGCACUGUAAAGUUUUCUAUGUGGAAUAAACGAUCUGUACAACUGUGUAA